AUGCCGUUUGGAGAGAUGUCGAUCCUUCUACACGAUGUGCAUCACAUUCUUCGUAUUCCGGUUGAUGGAGAGCUGAUGGGAUAUGAGGCGUCGCCGGAUAUUCUUAAGUCAGACAUGGGUGGUCUAGUUCGACUUUCGGUGGAUGCUCAUGGUUGUGGUAAGUGGAAGUCUAAGUGGUACGAUAAUGGUGCUAUGCAUGGAGAGGGAUUGUUGGUGCGUGGGGGAGAGCUGAAGAUUAAGGAGAUGGAGGUGCAGUGUUACCUAUUUGUGUUACGAUAA